GUGGAGUAAAGGGAGAGUGUGUGAGCGAGUGUGCAUGGUGUGCGUGCGUGCUGAUUUUUCCCCGAGAGGAGAGGAAGAAGUGAUGGAAGAGCUCACCGCGUUCGUGUCCAAGUCUUUCGAUCAGAAAGUGAAGGAGAAGAAGGAGGUGAUCACCUACAGGGAGGUGUUGGAGACCGGCGCGGCGCGCGCGGGGAGCAGGGAGUCUUUAUCCGCGGAGCCGGGCAGCCGGGAGGAAGCGGCCGCUCUCACCCGGAGCGCGGCGC